AUGGGCAGCGCGGGGCCGAGGACGGUGCUCAUCACGGGCUGCUCCUCGGGCAUCGGGCUCCGCCUGGCCGUGCAGCUGGCACAGGACCCUGGGCAGCGCUUCCAGGUCAUCGCCACCAUGCGGGACCUGCAGAAGAGGGAGAAGCUGGAGCAGGCGGCGGGCGCGGCCCUGGGCAGGACCCUCAGCAUCCGGCACCUGGACGUCUGCAGCGAGGCCUCGGUGGCCCAGUGCCUGGGCGGCAUCCCCGAGCGCCGGGUGGACGUGCUGGUGAACAACGCGGGCGUGGGGCUCAUCGGGCCCAUCGAGAGCAUCAGCAUCGCGGAGAUGAAACGCGUCUUCGAGACCAACUUCUUCGGCGCCGUGCGCAUGGUGCAGGCCGUGCUGCCCGGCAUGAAGCUGCGACGGAGUGGCCACAUCGUGGUCAUGAGCAGUGUCAUGGGGCUGCAGGGCAUCGUGUUCAACGACGUCUACGCCGCCUCCAAGUUCGCCAUGGAGGGUUUCUGCGAGAGCCUGGCCGUGCAGCUGCUCCAGUUCCACGUCUUCGUGUCCCUGGUGGAGCCGGGCCCGGUGAACACGGACUUCGAGCUGAAGCUGAUGGAGGACGUGUCCCGCUCCGAGUUCCCCGGCACCGACCCAGCCACGCUGCGCUACUUCCAGGAGGUGUACCUGCCGGCCUCCCGCGAGAUCUUCUCCGCCAUGGGCCAGAGCCCCGAGGACGUGGCCAAGGCCGUGGUGCAGGUGAUCGGCGCGGCUCGCCCCCCGUUCCACACGCUGACCAACCCGCUGUACACGCCGCUGACGGCGCUGAAGUCCGUCGACCCCUCGGGGGAGCUCUCCGUGCGCACCUACCACAGCCUGCUCUUCGACUACGGCGCGCUCUUCCGCCUCAGCGUGCGGGCCCUGAGCUGCCUGACCUGCCGGUGCUGCCGUCGCAGGGUCGCCCCCGCCUGAGCCCGCGCCCCCCGGCACGCGCCCCGACCAGCCGGGACCCUGAGCCCCGGCGGCUUCCCUUCGCCGCUCAUAGCGUUCCCUGGACUUCCGGCUGAAUUUCUCUGGGCUCAACUUCCAGCCGCUGGAUCUUGCUCGACCGACGUCUGCUGGACUGAGGAGCCGGUUAUUAAAUCUCUGGCCCCCACGUAGGUACUGCCAGCCUGGGACCGGCUCCCCCCUGCACCGACUCUGCACGCCAUUAAAUCGAGAGGAGCACGUGGAGUCUGUCCCUCCAGGCCAGGGUUUCUAACCCUACAAUCCUUCUCGCCGCUCUUCUCUGAGCCCGCCGAUGUAUCAGCCUCCUUCUGGAGUCAUGGCCCCAGAACUGGGCACAGGAUUCCAGCAGCGGUGGCAUCAGUGCCAAAUCCAGAGGGAAAAUAGCCGCUCGGCUCCUACCCGAGAUUUCGCUGGUCGUGCACCCCAGGAUCUCAUUAGCCCUUUUGACCCCAGCGUCGCACGGGGAGCUCACGUUCAGCUGAUUCUCCACUGUGACCCCCAACGAUUUUCAGACUCCCUGCGCCCGGGAUAGAGCCCCCCAGCCUGUAAGAGCAACCUGCAUGCUUUGCUCCUCGAUGUAGACAUUUCCAUUCAGCUGCAUUAAAACACAUGCCGUUUGCUUGCACUUUGCAAGUGGUCCAGAUCGCUCUGGAUCAGCGACCGGUCCUCCCCCAGUAUUUACCACCCCUCCAUUUGUAUGUGUUCGGCAAACUCAAUCAGUGAUUUUAUGUUUUCUUCCAGGUCAUGACACAGCUGUUAAAUAGUGUAGGGCCAAGAACCGCUCCCUGCGGGACGCCCUGGAAACACCCACUGGCUGACGAUCCCCCAUUUGCAGUUACCUUUGGAGACCUUUCGGUUAGCCGGUUUGUAAUGCAGUUCAUGUGGGCCAUCGGUCUCUUUUUAAUCAAAAUGCCAGGUGACAGCAAGUCAAACGCCUUAAUAUUAGGUCAACACUGUUACCUUCACAGGCAUCCGACGAGGUGGGUAUUCACCCACGAAAGCUUACGCUCCAAUACAUCUGUUAGUCUAUAAGGUGCCACGGGACACUUUGCCGCUGGUAGAGAUCCAGACUAACACGGCGACCCCCCUCAUACUAUUACCUUUGUCAGCCGAACUUGUAAUCGAAUCAAAAAAGGCAUCAAGUUAGUUUGACAGGAUCUAUUUUCCAUAAACCCAUGGUCAAUGGCCCUAAUUCAUUAAUUCUUUAUUAAUCCAGUCCCAGAUCAGCCACACAAGAAUUUUGCCCAGGAUCAAUGUCAUGCUGACAUGCCUAUAAUUAUCCCGAUUGUCCCAUUUACACUUGUUAAACAUUGGCCCAACGUUUGCUUCCUUUCCGUCUUCUGGAACUUCCCCAGUGCUCCAGGACUUAUUGAAAAGCAACAUUAAUGAUCCAGCAACCUCCUCAGCCAGCUCUUUGAAAACUCUUGGCCCUGGUCUACACUGGAGGGGGGUGUCGACCUAAGACACCCCCCUCCAGCUACCUGAAUAGCAGAGCUGAAGUAGGCAUAUCUUAGGUCCACUUACCUGGCUGGAGACGGGGAGCGCAUUCGGGGAUCGAUUUAUAGCGUCUAGAGGAGACUUGGUAAAUCGAUCCCUGAUAGAUUGACCACUACCCACCCAAGACCUGCCCUUGGAUGCAAGUUAUCUUGACCUGCUGCUCGAGUUCCUGUUGGAAUGGGGAGGGUUUUAUCCUGUGAUAUGGCUGGUAUCUUCUGGCUUUUUUCCAACUUUAGAAUGGAACUAUUUAGUGCCUUUUCUACACCAUUAUUGACAGUUCGCUCCUGGUGGAAUUCUGCACUAAGAAACUUAAAAAUUCUGUACACAGUAUUUUAAACUUCUGCAUGUUUCAUUUAUCAAAAUAAUACACGAUAAUCA